UGGUCCUAUAGCCUGGCUAUGUAGCGCCUAGGUUACGUUUCCCUGUUAUCCUCGUACAUAAAUACUCUUCUGCCCGAGUUACUGCAACUUUUUGAGCUGCUGCUUAGUUGGCGCUCGGUCGAAACACAAUUACAUAGCUGACGUUUGACUCACAAAGGAUGCCUGGAUCUGCCUCGAUCAACUGCUUGGGGCCGUGGCCAAAAGAUGUGGGUAUCAUUGCCAUGGAACUGUACUUCCCCUCUCAGUAUGUGGACCAAGCCGAACUGGAACAGUUUGACGGGGUUACGGCCGGCAAAUACACCGUGGGCCUGGGUCAAGCCUGCAUGGGCUUCUGCUCGGACUGCGAGGAUAUAAACUCCCUUUGCCUGACAGUGGUGCAAAGGCUGAUGGAGAAGAGCAGCCUGUCCUACGAUUCCGUAGGUCGUUUGGAAGUUGGCACUGAGAGCAUUAUUGAUAAAUCCAAGUCUGUGAAAACGGUCCUCAUGCAGCUGUUUGAGGACUCUGGCAACACUGAUGUGGAGGGCAUUGACACCACAAAUGCCUGUUAUGGUGGGACGGCUGCACUCUUCAAUGCUGUAAACUGGGUUGAGUCCAGCUCAUGGGAUGGCCGUUAUGCCUUAGUUGUAGCAGGGGACAUUGCUGUUUAUGCCUCAGGAAGUGCCAGACCUACAGGGGGCGCCGGUGCGGUGGCAAUGCUCAUUGGGCCCAAUGCGCCUUUGGCCUUUGAACGAGGUCUGCGAGGAACGCACAUGCAGCAUGCCUAUGACUUCUACAAACCUAACCUCAUGUCUGAGUAUCCUGUGGUGGAUGGCAAGCUGUCUAUUGAGUGCUACUUGCGUGCCUUGGACCGCUGCUACUCCGUCUACCGGAAUAAGAUCCACGCUCAGUGGCAAAGAGAGGACUCCAAGAAGCGCUUUUCUUUGGAGGACUUUGGCUUUCUUGUCUUCCACUCUCCGUACUGCAAGCUGGUGCAAAAGUCUUUGGCCAGAUUGAUGCUGAAUGACUUUCUGAGACACCCCUGCCCAAACACCGAGACGGGCCCCUUCAACGGCCUCGAAGCUUUCAGAGACGUAAAGCCGGAGGACACUUACUUCGACCGGGACGUGGAGAAGGCCUUCAUGAAGGCCAGUGCGGACUUGUUUGAGAGAAAGACCAAGCUCUCUUUGCUCAUAUCCAACCAGAACGGAAACAUGUAUACCCCUUCGGUCUACGGCUGCUUGGCAUCGGUCAUUGCGCAACGCACAUCUUCACAGUUGGCAGGUCAGAGGAUUGGAGUCUUCUCCUACGGGUCAGGAUUUGCAGCAACUCUGUAUUCUCUCAGGGUCUCACAGGACCACACACCUGGUUCUGCUCUUGACAAACUUAUCUGUAGUUUGAGUGACCUCAAGGUCAGACUGGAAUCAAGGAAGAAGGUUUCACCUCCUGUCUUCUCUGAAAACAUGAAGCUCAGAGAAGAGGCCCACCACCUUGCCAACUACGUCCCUCGUGGCUCCGUGGACGAUCUGUUUCCGGGUACUUGGUACUUGACGCGUGUGGAUGAGAAACACCGCAGGGAAUAUGCCAGGAGACCUCUGGACAAUGACCUACCUUCGGAGCCGGAACGUCUCCGCUCCAGCAAUGCCACCGAGCGCAUCCCGAGCCCGGCCAAGAAGAUGCCACGCAUCCCGGUCACCACCUCCAACUCUGACACUGGCGUCGGCAACUGAGAGCGCUCGGCUCUCUCCGUCAAGGUAUCGAGGUCCAGUCAUUUGGAAACGGUGCAAACACGUGCGGUCAAAAGGCCAAAGUGUUAACAGCGGAGCUCGUGGACAGCCUCAGACACUGCUGAACCACCGGUCACUGGCACAUCCCCCCCCCCCCCCCCAGUCUACACGGCUAUCAAGCGUGGACAAAAUAUUUCAUGCCUAAUUAAACUCAUUAUGAUAAUCUGCGGGUGUGAGGAAAACCUCAUUUAAUAUUGCACAUUUUUGGCUAUUUUUGUCACUACUUUGCCAUCUCCAAAUGUAUUUUUGUAACUUAAGCAUACCCUGAAUACAAUUUGAGAUGCAAAUUGACAUUGCACGGUCAUUGAGACAUGAGUUUGAUAAUCAGCUAGUUGACUGUUUCCGUUGCUCCCAAGCAAAACAAAAGAAAUGUUUUAUCUUGAAUCUGCUAAAUCGUGAAUAUUAUACAUUAAACUGCAAACUGGGACUGAUGUUUUACAGAUCUAUUCUCCCACGGCACUCUAAACAUAAACGCAUGUAUCUGCUAACUAUAAUUGAAAGAGAUACUACACUACACUAUUUGUAGGGGGCGAAAUUGUCUGAAGGCCAUUUGCAUUAGUAGUAGUUCAAUAUUUUUUUUGUGUGCUUCUGUUAUUGUCAUAUUUGGCAGGGAGCUCAAUAGAAAAAAAAAAUGUGCGUCUAGAACUGACGACAAGUCAUUCUUGGUGGUUUCAUUUUCUUUCUUUCGCCUGUGCCGCCCUGGUUGUUUUAUUCCUGUCGAGUCUUGAAUAAAAUAUCCGGCAUGUGCAUAUAUAAAUACUCAGGUAGAAGCCGUGUGGCAAGCGUCAGUCUUGAAAUAAAUGUGGCUGUGGAUAAGCUAUAGACAAGACAAUUGGAGUCAGGACAGUUCUACACGAUGCCAUUAAGAAGCCUUAUUAUAUAUAUGUAUCAAAUGUACAUAUAUUCUCAAUUGUACAGUUAGCGUUGGUGCCUCCGCAUGCUAGCGUCACAAACGCAAUGCGGCUAUGUUUCGCUCGUGUGACUGCAACGUCGUGUACCGCGUGGCUUGCCGAAAAGGUCACACGAUCUUUAUAAUUUUGAUGGUAAUGUACGGUAAAAGCUGUAAGAUUAUUUAUGCUUUGGAGAUUGGUUUCAAAUUCAUUGUAGCCAUUCCAUUUCUUUAAACGUAGGAAAUGAAUAAAUCAAUACUGUCUGCAA